AUGAAUGCACCUCUAACUUUUUCCGCCGAAGACGUUGAAGAAGAUAUGGAAGAUCACAAUGACCCUCUGGUGCUCACGCUACCCGUCUCCGGAUGUAACAUAAAGAAAAUCUUGAUUGAUGGAGGGAGCUCAGUCAACGUCCUAUUUUAUGAUACAUUCAAGCGGAUAGAAUUGAACGAUGAGCAGAUAAUGUCUUUUUACUACACUAUUUACGGAUUCAAUGGUGCCCCAACGAAGCCAUUAGGGGACAUCACCUUAGAAGUUAAGGCAGGACCAAUGAAGGGAGUAGCAGCAACAUGUCACCAGUACCUUAGGUUCCCAACACCUGAAGGGGAAAUGGAAAUCAAAGGCGAUCAAGUCACCGCACGGGAAUGUCAGGCUUUACAGAAUCAACCCAACAGUGAACAAGACGAGCAACGCAAAUCCCGAAGAAGCAAAAACAAAGCAGCUGCUAAAGACAAGGCAAUCGAUCCGUAUCUUGAAGAAAUCUCAAGGAAAAUCCCAACGAAGGGUAGCACUAUUCUAACUACCGAAGCAGGCGUCUCAGGGGCAAAGGGGGAUGAAGAACCUACUAAAUAG